ACGGUCAUGACGCGUGCGCACAUUCAAAUGCUGUUGGCGGAGGGUUGGAGGGGGGGAGGCUGGCGCGAGAUUUGGCGGGACAUAGAAACGGAGCCGGAGCGUGAGAGCGGCGGCGCCCGCGAACAUGCUCGCCCUGCUGCCGGCGCUGAGGCAGCAAACAGUGCGACCCUUGGCCGCCCGCCCUCCCUCCAGCAUCGCAGCCAAGGAUUACUAGGCGCUGACUUUUCCCCCGGAGUGAGUGACCGACCCGAGUAAAGGAGUGAGUGAGUGAGCGAGCCUCUCCACUGGGACGAAACGGUCCCCAUUUAACGAUGGCCAAGCGGGCUCGGAGUGAAGAUGAUGAUGAUGAACAUCUGUUCCAAGAUCGUGAUUAUGACAUCCCUCAACAGAAAGGUACAAAGAAGCUCUGUAACAAAGUUAAAUGGAUACCUGAUGAGCAGGAUGAGAAGUUAAAAAAGCUGGUAGAAGAACAUGGUACAGAAGAUUGGAAUUUCAUUGCUAGUAAUUUUCUCAAUCGAACAGAUGUUCAAUGCCAGCAUCGGUGGCAAAAAGUCUUGAAUCCAGAAUUAAUAAAAGGACCAUGGACUAAGGAGGAAGAUCAAAAGGUAAUUGAGUUGGUGCAGAAAUAUGGUCCAAAACGAUGGUCACUUAUUGCCAAAUACCUAAAAGGCAGGAUUGGAAAACAGUGUCGGGAAAGGUGGCACAAUCAUUUAAAUCCUGAAGUGAAAAAAUCCUCCUGGACAGAGGAAGAAGAUAAAAUAAUAUAUGAAGCACAUAAGCGUCUUGGAAAUCGUUGGGCAGAGAUUGCCAAGUUGCUUCCUGGAAGAACAGAUAAUUCAAUCAAGAACCAUUGGAAUUCCACAAUGAGAAGAAAGGUUGAGCAAGAAGGAUAUCUGCAAGAGGCACCCAAAUGUGACUUGCUUCCAAGUAUGCAGCAACAGAAAGUACCAGCUAGGACUCCUCUGAACCCAGUGCAGUUUCCGAAUCAAUUUUUCAUUCCCGUGUCUUCUCAAGGCCUUAGACAUCCAUACUCUGCUUCAGAAGAAUCUUGCAUAGAUAAUGCAACCACAGGAUUAACUCAACAACCACAUAUUGAUGACGAUCCUGAUAAAGAGAAAAGAAUAAAGGAACUUGAACUCCUCCUAAUGUCAGCAGAGAAUGAAGUCAGAAGGAAACGAGUAGGAGCUUCUCAAGACACUACUGACUUCAUCUGGUCAAGAAGUCUUUUUGGUGAUGAAAGUUUAUCCAGUACCCUGAGUAGCUUGGAAGAUAAGGCAAAUGAAAUUUGUAUGAAGGAACCUCUCCAGGGAGCAAGCACGCCAGUACACCAGGCCUCUUUCAACCGUUUCCUUGCACAGGAAGAAAGUUCGGUCCUUGGCACACUGCAGUCCAUUCCUGAUUUAACAAAGACAUUUGAACUAAUUGAAGCAGAUUCUGUAGUGUGGAAUGAACUAACUAACUUUGACCUCUCUGAAGUUAAUGAAAAAACACCCGCUAAACAGACUCCAGUUAAAUUUGAAUGUUUGCAGCACAAAGGUGGAAUAGGUUAUCGCUUUGAUGGCCAUGCCAUUUCGGAUCUGAGCAGAAGUACUUGCAGUAAUAGCAGUGAGCUUAUUCCUAUAACAUCCCCUGUUGUUGCAAAGUUCAGCACGCCUCCAACCAUUUUAAGGAGGAAAAGAAGAUUACGCCUUGGUCCAUCUCCACCCAGUGACUGCAACAGUCUUUCCUUCAUGGAUAACAGCACCACAAGCCCAAAAAGUACUCCAGUUAAAGUGCUUCCAUUUUCUCCUUCUCAGUUUUUUAAUAUCUGUUCUGGCAAUGAUCACCUGAACAUUGACAAUACAGCACUUACUUCAACUCCAGUCUGUGGACAGAAAGUUCUAGUUACAACUCCAUUAAGGAAAGACACGCCUCGAGUUCAAAAAGAAAAUGUAGGUUUCAGGACACCCACAAUAAGACGAACCGUUUUAGACAGCACUCCGAGAACACCUACCCCUUUCAAGAAUGCACUUGCCGCUCAAGAAAAGAAAUAUGGGCCUCUUAGAAUGGUGCCUCAAUCGCUUGCACAUUUAGAAGAGGAUAUUCGAGAGGUCUUGAAGAAGGAGACAGGGACUGACAUAUUACUUGGAGAUGGAAUGGAUCCAAUCUUCAAAAUCUGCGAGCAAGAGCAAAAUGCUCCUCUCAAGAAAGUACGAAAAUCUCUUGUUUUGGACACUUGGAACAAGGAUGACUUUGGUGCACAAAAGUUCACACAGUCCUCUGUUUCGGAUAUGCAGUCUGAAAACCUGUUGAAUACUUCGUUACUGAGAACACUUUUACCAGAAAAAUCGGACCUCGCCACAAGUACAUGGAGCAGAAAUGUUAUCUUGUCUGAAAUAAAGCAUAAAAAUACUUCAAAAACUGUACGAUUUGAGAUCCCAUUGCAGAUGACCAGUGAAUGGGAAGCAGUUGCUUGUGGAAAGACAGAGGAUCAGCUAAUAAUGACUGAACAGGCUCGAAGGUAUCUUACUGCAUAUAAUGGCAGCAACACUAGCAGAACUCUGAUCCUGUAAUUGUCCAUUGCUUAAGAAGCCGCUGAAUAUACACUAAAUCUAAGCUGUUGAUUUCUGUCAUAAACCUAGCUCAUAGGCCAGCUAGGUUUGAUUUUUCUAGAAGAAAUCUCUUUAAUAUUCUGAUAUGUACAGUGCAUUCAGAAAGUAUUCAGUCCCCUUCACUUUUUCCACAUUUUGUUACGUUACAGCCUUAUUUAAAAAAUGGAUCAAAUUAUUAUUUUAUUAAUCAUCAAUCUACACACAAAGCCCCAUAAUAAAAAAGCAAAAACGGGUGUUUAGACAUUUUUGCAAAGUAAUUAAAAAUAAAUAACUGAAAUAUCACAUUGAAAUAAGUAUUCAGAGCCUUUUCUCGGUACUUUGUGGAGGUACCUUUGGCAGUGAUUACAGUCUCAAACCUUCUUGGGUAUGACGCUGCAAGCUAGAAUCUUCUCUGCAGAUCCUCUCAAGCUCUGUCAGGUUGAAUGGGGAGCGUCGAUGUACACCUAUUUUCAGAUCCCUCCAGAGACCACAGAAUUUUGUUUCUCAUGGUCUGAGAGUCCUUUAGGUGCCUUUUGGCAAACUCCAAGCAGGCUGUCAUGUGCCUUUUACUGAGGAGUGGCUUCCGUCUGGCCACUCUACGAUAAAGGCCUGAUUGGUGGAGUGCUACAGCUAUAGUUGUCCUUCUGGAAGGUUCUCCCAUCUCCACAAAGGAACUCUGGAGCUCUGUCAGAGUGACCAUCGGGUUCUUGGUCACCUCUCUGACCAAGGCCCUUCUCCCCCGAUUGCUCAGUUUGGCCGGGCUACCAGCUCAUUGAAGAGUCCUGGUGGUUCCAGUUCUUCCAUUUAAGAAUGACGGAGACCACUGUGCUCUUCGGGAACUGCAAUGUUGCAGAAAUUGUUUUAUACCCUUCCCCAGAUCUGUGUCUCGACACAAUCCUGUCUCGGAGGUCUACGAACAAUUCCUUCAUCUUCGUGUCUUGGUUUUAGCUCUGACGUGCACUAUCAACUGUGGGAUCUUAUAUAGACAGGUGUGUGCCUUUCCAAAUCAUGUACAAUCAAUUUAAUUUACACUAGUGGACUCCAUUCAAGUUAUGGAAACAUUUCAAGGAUAAUCAAUGGAAACAGGAUGCACCUAAGCUAAAUUUUGAGUGUCAAAAUAAAGGUCUGAAUACUUAUGUAAAUGUGAGAUUUCAGUUAUUUCUUUUUAAUUACUUUCAAAUUUCUAAACACCUGUUUUCGCUUCUUCAUUCUAGGGUAUUGUGUGUAGAUUGAUGAUUAAAAAAAAUGAAUUGAAUCCAUUUAAAAAUAAGGCUGUAACAUAACAAAAUGGAAAAAGUGAAGGGGUCUGAAUACUUUCUGAAUGCACUGUAUUAGAUAAACCUAACCAAAACUAAAAGCUGCUUUUGCUAAGUGUAAUAUGUGCUAAUAAGGUAGCCGAUAUUUAAAAUAUAAGAAACACAUGGAUGGAGAGUUAGAAGCAAGUACUGUCUGAGUUGCACUCUUUUGUCUUUGAUAUGCUGUGUAAAGAACAGGCUAAAUGCUAUCGAUGGAUAUAAUGCCAUAUAAUGGGUAAUUGUCAUGUAGUUAUAUUUUUACAACUGAUCCAAAUUGUUAAACAAACACCGACUAAUUUGGAUUGGUUGCUUGGAAUCAAGCAUGAAAAUUUAAAGCAGCUAAUAUCAGAUAUUUGACAAUUGACAAAACCAAGAUAAUUUCCUAUUGUAUGGUAUGCUUUAUUGUAAACAUGUCAAUAUGAUCAAAUAAGUGUGUGAAGCACAAAACCAAGUGUUUUUAUAAUGUAAGCAGACAGGAUGAAGAUUUUUUUUAAAUUUCACAAUGGUGAAAUACCAGUAUUUAAUACAAGUCUCUGAAAUGUGAGAUGGUCUUUUGAAUGUAUUGUAGAAGCAGGGAAAUGUUGUAAAUUGAGACGAAAGGGUACAUUUUCUUUAAAUUAUUUUCAGCUCCAAAGCUUAAUAGUAUUUAUGUAUGAGGAUCGAGAACCUAGAACCCACUGUUAAUGCCUGUUGAUUAGAAAUGAUUAUAGCUGGUCACAGAUUUUAAAAUAUGAAUGUUCUUCACAUUUGGAUACUUAUCAGAAAACUUUAACAGGUAACCAUUAAAGUCUAUUAGUUCUCAGGAGCAGGAGUGCAUGUUCACUUUCAAUCAUCUCUGCCUUGCAUGAUUUGUGAGUAGAAGGGAAAAAACGUUUCUACAUAGAAUAACACUCCUGUUUUGAACUGCUCUUGUCUACUUCCUUGUUAUCAACAUGCCUUAUUGAAAGGAAAGUAGGUGAAGAAACUGAAUGAGAACCACAUGCAUAUUUAUAGACUAAGCAUUCUACAAUAACAUAAGCUGUCUGUAAAUACAGGUGAAUUAAUCCAAUUCCUCUUCCAAAUCUAGUUACAGUCACAAAACUAAUAUUUGCACUUAAAUAUUUAACCAAUAAUGGAUGUAUAUGUGUUUGCAUUACAUUGUAAAUUGAUUAAACUAUGAGUUAGUUCUCUAGUCAUAAUUUUUAAGCAAGAUAUUGUAUGCAAAUCCGUUAUUGGUCAGUUGCACCUUAAGAUUACAAAUCACAAUUAUUCAUUUCUCAAGAUAUUUCCAAAUGUAUUCUGUAAACAAAUGCAUUCUACUUAAUACAGUAACGAGGAACAGCACACAUAAUCUAUAUUGUGAAAAAUGUUAAUUUUGGAGGUAGAUAAAGAUCCAGGAUAUGUCUGUCAUUUUAAUUUUAACUUAAUGACAUUGCAUUUGACUGGUAUAAUUUUCCAUGGCAUUAAGAAGACAUCAUUACUCUAGGUGGUAAUAUAAGUAAUGUGAAGAGGGAACAUAUUGCAGCAAAUUUAGAGUAGUAGUAAAAUUACGUAUAUUGUGCUACAACUUUAAUUAACUGGGUUUGAUGGAUUUUUUAUUUUUUAUUAUCAAAUUAAUUUGAUUCUGGGUAUUUUCUGCAUACUUGGCUAUACAAAUCUUUCCAGUACCUUUUUUCAAAAUCUAAGGUUAAUUUCUUAGUAAAUUAGUUCAUAUUGUUUUGCCUAAUUGUCGUUCACGAAAUAACGUCCAUUGAAACUGCCUCAGCUCAAUUUAUACCAAAUUGGAGGUGGAAAACCCUACCCUACGAUCUCCACUUUUAUUUUAAUCAACAUGUUUACUUUCUAGGUGUAUUCUUAAAACAAAGUGGUUUAUUUUAUGUUAAUUUAAAAUGUACCACAACAUUGUGUGGGUCUCAUAGAAUAUGGAAGAAUUAUUUCCCAGAUUUAAAAUGAUCUUUCAUUUCCACGCACAGGUAAAACAUUGGGUUAGAUUUGCCUGAACUUAGAUAUUUGCACUAAAUAUGUGUUUACGUUUUCCUUUCCCCCUUCGAAAGAUAUUAAUUAAUUAGAUGGAUCCGCAGAACGCGGAGUGUAUGUGGAGAUGUAGCACUGAUAUAUUUAGAGGGAAAAAACAAUAGUACAUGGUUAUUAAAUAGCUAUAAAAUAUUUAGACACUCUUUCCUCUCCUGAGUUGUACUGCUAUGCACGAUAGCAGGAUAUGCUUGCUGCUAUUGAGAGAUGGAAAAGGGAGCAUCAGAUGCACUGUGUAGAGAAUGUACAUAGUUUGUAUGAUGGAAACAGUGAUUCUGUAACAUUUAACAGCUAUUUUAUGUGUGAAGGUUCUGUCUUGCAUGCUGUGUUCACUAAGCACAUAUUAAUUGGACACAUUUUGAAGGUUGUUUUUGUUUUUAUUUUGUCUUUUUUUAAGGUGAUUUUGUUUCUGCAGGAUUGAACUUUUGAAUGUCAUACAUGUAGCAGUUAUUUGUAUCCUGCAUUUGCUCUGAUUACAUAAUCUCUGGAUUUACAUAACAGCAAUUUGAUUAUAUCAUUCUUACAUAAUUCACAGAUGCUGCAUAAAUACUGAAGAGUUGUUUAGUUAUGCCAAUAUACUGCCAUAUGGGUUGUGAAUUUCUGCUGUAAUCUGUCACACAUGUGUUUUAAUAGACUGGUGCAUGUCCUUUCUUUGCCAUGAUCAAAAAAAUGGUACAACAACUGCCUAUGUAGAGCAUAUGUAUGUUGUGUCAAAAUAAAUUGCUAUGUACUA